AUGUUUACCGAUGGCUCCUCUCCACCAGAGUCCGACCCCCACACCAGAGACGCCUGUCAACCCGGACCCUGUUGCUCCAGUCAUACCUGCGACUACAUCAUCUGCAACGAUACUGCCACCAACGGCUCCUGCAGCAACGAUACUGCCACCAACGGCUCCUGCAGCAACGAUACUGCCACCAACUGCUCCUGCAGCAACGAUACUGCCACCAACGGCUCCUGCAGCAACGAUACUGCCACCAACUGCUCCUGCAGCAACGAUACUGCCACCAACUGCUCCUGCAGCAACGAUACUGCCACCAACGGCUCCUGCAGCAACGAUACUGCCACCAACUGCUCCUGCAGCAACGAUACUGCCACCAACUGCUCCUGCAGCAACGAUACUGCCACCAACUGCUCCUGCAGCAACGAUACUGCCACCAACGGCUCCUGCAGCAACGAUACUGCCACCAACUGCUCCUGCAGCAACGAUACUGCCACCAACUGCUCCUGCAGCAACGAUACUGCCAUCAACGGCUCCUGCAGCAACGAUACUGCCACCAACUGCUCCUGCAGCAACGAUACUGCCACCAACUGCUCCUGCAGCAACGAUACUGCCACCAACUGCUCCUGCAGCAACGAUACUGCCACCAACUGCUCCUGCAGCAACGAUACUGCCACCAAAUGCUCCUGCAGCAACGACUCUGCCACCAACUGCUCCUGCAGCAACGAUACUGCCACCAACGGCUCCUGCAGCAACGAUACUGCCACCAACUGCUCCUGCAGCAACGAUACUGCCACCAACUGCUCCUGCAGCAACGAUACUGCCACCAACUGCUCCUGCAGCAACGAUACUGCCACCAACUGCUCCUGCAGCAACGAUACUGCCACCAACUGCUCCUGCAGCAACGAUACUGCCACCAACUGCUCCUGCAGCAACGAUACUGCCACCAACUGCUCCUGCAGCAACGAUACUGCCACCAACGGCUCCUGCAGCAACGAUACUGCCACCAACUGCUCCUGCAGCAACGAUACUGCCACCAACUGCUCCUGCAGCAACGAUACUGCCACCAACUGCUCCUGCAGCAACGAUACUGCCACCAACUGCUCCUGCAGCAACGAUACUGCCACCAACUGCUCCUGCAGCAACGACACUGCCACCAACUGCUCCUGCAGCAACGAUACUGCCACCAACGGCUCCUGCAGCAACGAUACUGCCACCAACGGCUCCUGCAGCAACGAUACUGCCACCAACUGCUCCUGCAGCAACGAUACUGCCACCAACGGCUCCUGCAGCAACGAUACUGCCACCAACGGCUCCUGCAGCAACGAUACUGCCACCAACUGCUCCUGCAGCAACGAUACUGCCACCAACGGCUCCUGCAGCAACGAUACUGCCACCAACGGCUCCUGCAGCAACGAUACUGCCACCAACGGCUCCUGCAGCAACGAUACUGCCACCAACGGCUCCUGCAGCAACGAUACUGCCACCAACGGCUCCUGCAGCAACGAUACUGCCACCAACUGCUCCUGCAGACCUCACCAUGUCUUCUGA